ACAUGAGCGUCAAGGUCUUCGACAAGACGCGGUGCCGCCGGGACUACCAGGGCGACAGCACCGACGAGGAGGACGACUGAGUGUUCUUUCUUCGCAGCGAACACGUGCACGGAGGUUUCUGGAUGUUCGCCUCAUCGGUAGAACCAACAAGGGCACCAUCCUCCCGCUGCUUCGAUGCACGGCCUAGUUAGGUUUAGUUUUUUUGCAAUAUUUUAUAUUUGUGUCCACCAUGGUUCAAACUAUGUAUUAGUUUGUGGAAAACCAUGUUCCAAACUAUGUCUUCGUGUAAACCAUGUUCCCAAUUAUGUAUUAGUUUGUGGAAAUUGAAAUAAAAAUGCUAAGAAAAAUUAUUUUAAAUGUUUGGGGGCGGCGUUUGGGGGACGCGGCUGGGGAGCGACGUCCCCCAAACGCGGCACGAACGAAACACGUCCCCCAAACGCUCAAUCCGGCGCGGUUUGGGGGACGGUUUGGGGGACGCGGCUGGAGAUGCUCUAAGGAAAUUGUUCCUUCAUUCUUUCAAGUUUGAGGGACGCUCUCUAGAUCUUUCGAGCUGUGAUGCACUGGAGGUGGUAAUGCUGGACGCUUGUGAUAUCAAUCUUGAGAACAUAUUCCCCAAAUCGUUACAAUAUUUGAGCAUCAGUUGUAGUUCAUUCUUCUUGGCUCCGGACACCCGCACUUCUAUUUCUGCCCCAAGUCUUGUUACCUUGGACUUAACCUGCUUUUGCGGUUGGACUCCUUUGUUUGGGAGCAUGCCAUUAUUGGAAACGGCAUAUAUCAGUUCAGAAGAUCCAUAUCACGAUUUUUGUUACAAUGGUGAUUACUACGGGGAUUGUGGUGAUCACACAUGUAAAGGAUGCUAUAGUAAAUAUCAUGACAGUAGCCAAUGUAUGAUUCUUGACCGUUUGUCAGGCGUAACGAAUUUAACGUUGAUGAGUGAACCUACAACGUUUAUUUUCAGAAAGGAUUUCAAAUGGUGUCCUAUGUUUAGCAACCUAAAAACGUUGUUGCUCAGUGAGUGGUGCGUUGUUCCUGACUUCAGUGGACUAAUUUACUUUCUCCAGCACUCACCAAUUAUGGAGAAGCUUACCCUUGAGAUUCUGUACUCCAUUAUGGGAGAUGUUGAAAUUGAUGAAAGCUAUAGACCAGCGAAACAUUUCAUGGCAUCGAAGCAUCUCAAGGUAGUAAAAAUCAGAUACAUAAAGGAAGACGAACUGAUUCGCCAUAUUUUAAAGAUCCUCUGUACCCAUGGAGUACCUCGUGAAAAAAUUGACAUCGAAGUGAACCAGCAUUUUGCAUAAGAAGACUGAUGCUGGUAGCAAGGGCAAUUCAGCUGGUCUGCAACUUCCUCGUUGUUCAGACUUUUAAAUCCCUGAUUUGUCAGAUACGAUGAGACCUGUGUCUUGUGUCUACUAGGACCGCUCAUUUCUAGUUAAGCAGAAGACCUGACCUGGUUCCUCUGCUGAAGACAUAUGUUUUGGUUAGACGUUUCAUGAACCCAUGUGGUUGAACUUAUGUAAUGUUGUACGGUGGUACCUGACUUAUUCUAUCUACAUGUCGAUGGUGGUGGAAGGAAGGGACUAUGUUUUUAUUAGGCUUAUCUUUGGGUUGAUUGAUUCACUUGGCACU